GGGGGUUUCCGCUUCCGGUGGUGGAUUGUUGACGCUCGCGGCUGCUGCGGUGGCUACGGGGCCGUUGGGGAGGGGCAAGCGGGGCAGGAGACGGCGCAGUGACAGGACCGCUGAGGGUGCUGCUGAGGCGACGAUGGCAGAGGGGCCGGAGGAAGCUCGAGGCCGCCCUCCUGGGCAGGACGACGGCGGAGGGGACCACGAGCCCGUCCCUGCCCUGAGAGGCCUUCCUGCUGCCGCCGCCCCACGCCCCCGAGACGGGCCGCAGGCCGAACCCCAGGCCCCGGGCCGGCCCCCAGCCUCGGGCCUCGCGGCCGCCGCCAAGACCUCGGAGCCGGCGCGCGAGCCCGGGAAUCGCGGGGAGGCGGGCUCGGGCUCCGGCUCGGGAAUGCAGGCGCCGGCAGGCUGCGAGGCACCCGAGGCCGGGGCGCCGCGGGAGAGGCCGGCGCGGCUGAGCGCCCGCGAGUACUCCCGGCAGGUGCACGAGUGGCUGUGGCAGUCUUAUUGCGGCUACCUCACCUGGCACAGCGGCCUGGCCGCCUUCCCCGCCUACUGCAGCCCCCAGCCGCCCGCGCCGAACUACAGCUCGGGCGCCGCCGCCGCUGCCGCCGCCGCCCCUCAGACCGCCGCGCCGCCGCCCCUCCAGCUGGGCUACUACAACCCCUUCUACUUCCUGAGCGCCGCGGCGGCCCGGCCUGAGCCGGGGGCAGCCGCCGGCGUUGCCACUCCCGCCCCGGUCGGUGGCCCGGGAGGCCGCGCCCCUCACGUGCAGCCUUCGGCCCGGGCAGCCCCAGUGGCCAGGGUAGCAUCCGCCGCCGCUUCGCGAGCCCCGAGCGAGACUGGGCGGCAGGCAGGCAGAGAGUAUGUUAUUCCAUCCUUGGCCCACAGAUUUAUGGCAGAGAUGGUGGAUUUCUUUAUUCUCUUCUUUAUAAAAGCAACCAUUGUCUUAACCAUUAUGCACCUCAGUGGAAUAAAGGAUAUCUCUAAGUUUGCUAUGCAUUAUAUAAUAGAAGAAAUAGAUGAAGACACAUCAAUGGAAGACUUGCAGAAAAUGAUGGUUGUGGCUCUUAUAUACAGAUUAUUAGUUUGUUUCUAUGAGGUCCACUAUACGAGCUUUGAUCAAGAAUUUUUCUAUUGCUUCUUUUUUCCCUGCUUUCAUCACACUGCUGUUUUUUCAGCAUAAUCGAACAGCCUAUGACAUUGUAGCAGGAACUAUUGUAGUAAAAAGAAAUGGGGUUAGAUGAUGCUCCAAAAGCCCUGAAUUCCAUAGUUUCUGGAAUAAUGACAAAACUAAACUAUGUAUCAAGGCCAUCAGUAUCCCUGGGUUAAUUGAUGAUUUAGAAAUUAAAGCAGUCGCUCCAGUGUGAUGCAGGUGACUAUGCUGAACGUGUUGACUUGACUUGAAUGCCAAAGAACUUUUCCAGAGGAAAAACCUGUUAAGUUCAAGUGUUAAAAUUUUUAGAUCGAAAAGAAGGCAAGUGGUGUCAUAAUCAACCAUGAAGAAUAUGUACUUUCUUAAGAUCUAAAGCAUUAGAAUUUGCUAAAAGCAUUUUUGGCUUUGAAAUCUCCAAAUGAAACUUUAAAAACUUAUUUUGGUUUAUCCCAAAAUGAUGGAAAAUGUCCAGUUGUGUUUUGUAAACACAUUCAUCUUUGAGUUUCCUUCAUCUUCUUGAAAUUUGUCUUUGCUUUUUGAGGGGAGGGAGUGGGGGACAUAACUUUGAUAAUAAUCCACUUAGCUCCCAUCCUAGGAGGUGGUGAGUUAGCUGCAAGAGAAAGGGGAAAGUGAGGCCGGCCCAGCAAUUCCCUAACCUGAAAUUUAACCAUCAGUAAGUACUGCAGCCUGCAACUUUGGGGGCAAGUUUUGCAUGAUGAUGAAAAAGUAUCGUGUCAUAUUACUAUCUUAUCGUUGAAUUUUUUUUUUUUUUAAAAAGGUAAGUUAGUGGUUGCUUUUAAUGGGGCAGGGGAAGUAAAUUUUCUCUGUAAAUUUAACUUAAUUCAUGUGCAAACGUCUUCACUGCCCUAAAUCAAACCAUAUGUGGGGAUUUAUGUCCUGUCAAAUUGUUGCAUAUUCACAAUAUUCCCAGUAUGUGUGCAGCAUGAAGAAAGUAUUAGUGCUUUUCAGUGUUCUGAAUAUAACUUUAUAUACAGUAUAUUCACAUACUAGUUAGUUUCCUUUUAUUAUAUUGUUUCAUAACUUUUGAAACAUCAAGAAGUUAAUCUUAGUAUUUCAUUAUUUAAAUACUAGUACCCUGUGAAAUACUUAGCAAUUUUCCCAUUAGGGAUUGUUCUUUGUAACAAGGAAGAGUAGCAUUUCCAGACAUUAUUCUAAGUUCUUUGGGCCAUCAGCUCAUUUGGAGCCUGGCAGGGAUGAUGUUUUGAGGAAAAAUAUUAACACUUCGUGUAUUGCCAUUUUAAUUUAUUCUUCCAUUGCAGAGUUGUAGAGUUUUAAGUGUGUGUACGUGCUUUUGUUAGAUGGCCCAGUUAGCUGUGCUGAUAAAUAUCUGAACUAAAAGUUUUGAUUCUUAGGCAUUUUCUGCAUCUCUGAUAUUUUCCCAAAAAAAACACUAAACUGUACUGGACAGUUCAUAAUUAGGGUGCUUAUAGGAUCAAUCUAGGCUUUAUUUUGAUCUUAAUUGAUCUUAAUAGCAAAUAAUUUUGCUUAUUACUAUAUCAAUUUUUAAAGUGGGUUUUUUUGACAUUUAAAACUGAAAAUAUUCACGUUUGUUUAUAGGAACCUUAACAAUGUCCUUAAUGCUUUUUAUUGUAAAAUUUCAUAAACCAUAUUUUUCAUAGUAAUUUUAUAUUAAAUCCAUCACAGAAAGCCUAUUAAAUAUGUCAAAGUACUAAACAGAUCAUUGAUUUGUAACCUCAAAGAAGAUAAAGUGUUAUGGCCCGUCUUAAUAAACCAAAACCACCCAGUAACUUUUUAAAUUAGAAAUUAUGAAAUGUUACAUAAACUUACCGGUGAGCAGUGUAUACAUUAGCACUGGCAUAUAUACCCCUUUUGUCUGAUGGGGAAUUCGAGCUGAAAUGUAUCAUUCUGAAUAUAGCUCUGGAAUAUAUCUUUAAUGUAUAAUUUCCUCUUAGAUAAUUGGAUAGUUUACCACCUAGGCUAUUUUUAUUUAUAAAAUAAAAGUAAAUGCAUACUCCAAUUUAAUUUGGUUUAUACUUUAUAGUAUUGCACAUUUGCUAUACCUACGUGAUUCAGAUUAAUUCCUGUGUAGGUGCAUUUAGACCCAUCUCAGGAUUCAUGUUAUACUCUGGAGCCCUAUCAAAAAAUAUUACUUUGUCUGCCUUUACAACAAAAUCCAAGUCCAUUUCCGAAUUCAGUACUUAGGGAGAUUUUGAUUCCCAAGUUGCUGGAAGAAGGGAGGGGACCACAUUUUUUUCUCUUGGGGAUGGGGUGGGUGGAGCCUCCCUAAUUUCAUCAUACUUUAUAUUUCAUCUUAUAGAAAUGCUGACUUUUCUGUCAAAAUAGAAUCCUCAUACUGAACCUCUAUAACCUUUUAUAGGAUAAUGAACAUGAACAUGCCACCCAUAAACCCACAGAACAGGCAGUUAACUUAGGCAUCUAGAAAAUCUACCCAUCCUGAGUGGCUAGCGCACCUUGAGGAAAAGUCCCUGAGUGAUGGCAGCAAGCCAUGUGACUAUAUAAUAAUCUAUAACUCGUGGCAUUCAUUCAGAAAUUACUUCUGUCUACCCAAACAUUCACCUCCUAGUUUCACCCAAAUGAAUCUUUAGGCGUUUGUUUCAAACAACAGUAAAAAUUUUUAACUCUGCUUAAAAGAAUUUUUCCUUUAAGUAACUUGUUUGGGUGCUUCACUUAUGCAUAAGUAUUUCCAGCAAAAAGGAAGACAGGAAGGAGUUGAGUAAUGGGCUACUUGGAGUAACAGGCUCUUUGGUAGGAAUAUGGAUAUUAAGUAUUUCCAUUCUGCAGUUAUCCCUAUGACAACAGGCUAUUGUUUCUUUUAAAGAAUAUGCCCAAAUAAUAGCAGUAUUCCUAAAAUCUGACAAGUAUUGCAGUUACUUGCAAUUCCCCCCCCCCAUGCCAAAGGCCAAAAUCUUUGCCAUAUGUGCUUCCUUGGGUCAAGUUCUUUAUCUCAAACUGUGUAUAUAUUUCCAUGUAGUUCAUCACAGCAGGGCUUGACCCACAAAAAGUAUCUGAUGGCCUGCCCAUAAAUGAAAUUCAACAUUCUAUUUUUAAUCAUUUGUAUGCCACCAAUUUGUAUUGUCUCAAUAAAUACCUGGAUGCCAAUGA